AUGGAUAUUGCAUACCAAACUGUGAGUGCUAAGUCUAGCAAAUUUGGUGUGGUGGUUGACGGCGUGCAUAAUCCAAAAACAUUAAAAAGUUUGACUAGACAGGUGCUGAACGAGAAAUGCAGUGUGGAGGACAUUGCAAAAGUGGAGUUACCAAGGACUCUAGUGCAGGAUAUAUUCCGAAACAGAAUGCUGGACUUUAUACUAGGCUUCCCCUUGGUAGCUAGCUUUUUACUUCGGGACCUAUUUGGCCCGAUUACGGACUGUUGGCGUGAGGAUGCGGUGAAGUGUUUCUGGGGCUACAGAGACAAUAGGGUGGAAAUUCAACGUAUAAUUAUUUCAAUAUUGCCCAACGACAUGGACUUUUGUGUGCAUUAUAAAUAUUACGAUACCUCGAUUAGAAGGAUCUGCAAUUUGUGUAUGCGAAAGGAAUGCAUACGCAAAUUUGCAGAUUUUCGGAUAAAUGAGUAUGUGACACAGCAUACUUCCAAAGAAGUUGAGGAUCUAGUCGAUAUUUUUUUGCACAACAAGAGCUGGUGCGUAUCCUGCACGAGGCGCCUCUUAUUUGUUUUGGUUCCCACCAAUGAUUGUCAUAUGACAAAAAUAGUGGACGGGAACCUUACAGAUUGCCUGGAGGAUGGCAUGUCUGUAUCUACGGUCUCCCUAUAUAGCUCAGAAGACAGCACCGACGAGGAUGGCAUGUCUGUAUCUACGGUCUCCCUAGAUAGCUCAGGAGAUAGCACCGAUACAGACAAAUUAUUUGUAUCAAAUAAUGUUUCAUUUAGAGGAAUCACAUAUAAAGAGAAUAUACGCAAGAAAACACCAUUGAUUAUAAUCAAUGUACCUCCAUCGUGGGCCAACCACACUAAAACCAAAUACCCAGUGGGUAAAAACGAUUUUAAAAUAAGAAAACUAAUUAAUAAUAAUGGGUCUCUUGAAAAUGAACCUUUUGAAUGGUUUGAUGCUGUUUGCAAAGUUGAAUACGUUAAAGAUUUGCAGAAGGCAAAAGAAAUAUGUGACAAAGAAACGUACACUUCAAACCUUGAAAUUACUGACCAGGAGUGUAACAAUGAAAAUAGAAAGAAAAAGAGAAAAAUUAUUAAAAGGCUGCCAUUUGAUUCAGACUCGUCAGAUGGGAAUGUGCCCUUAGUCAGAGGACAGAACUUAAUCCGGAAAAAAAUUUCAUCGGAGCCUUUGAACUUUAUCCUAAAAAAUACGCAUGAAAAUGAUACAUGUCUUUCAGAAAAUAGAAGACAAUUUUCCUCAUCUCCAAAUUAUCAUAAACGUUUUUCAAAACAAAAUUCUGAAAGCAAUACCACAGUUUCAAGACUGGCUUUGUUUUCCAAUCAAACACCAAGUUCCUCUAAUCCAGGUUUAAGGCAGGUCUCUUCAGGGUCAAGUCAAAUUUCCAAUGAAAAACUUCCAUGUGAUGGUACAAAACAAUUAGAGGAAGUAGAUGCCUUGAUUGCUGAACCCACAAUAAUAAACGAAUUGGUAAAUUUUCUUUAUUUGGCUGGGGGAACUAAUGCACACAAAAGGGUGUACUUGGCAAUGAAUAAACUGUUUGCCAAGGAAUUGGCACUGCAAGAAGAAAAAAAAUCCCUUUUGCAAUAUAAAACUGUGUCAAGCUAGUUUUGGUUAGUAAAUAAGAUAAGUUAAUGUUUAUUAGUUUGAACAGUCUAUUAUAUAAAUUCACAGAUUUUGCUUUUGUUUGGGCAUAUUUCACACAAACCGUCUAAUUUUAACAAUACUACCCUUAUUAAUCAUUACAGGGUGUUUCAGAAUAAGAUGAUGAACCUUAAGGGUGUGAAUCCUUAGUUGAUUUUAAGAAAAAAAGUUCAAAUAAACCUAUGACCUAUCCCUCUUAAUUUUUGAGUU